AUGAAUCUGCACAAAGCGCACAGAUAUCAACGCCUAAUGCCGGGUACAACAGAUGAGUCUAAAUUGAAUUCAGGCUCCUGGGAGGAUUCUUUACCUGCACUUGAUAUUAACAGUACUGAGCUAUCACCGCUCGGCGAUAGCAACAACGGCAGCACCACGACUACAACUACGGCACAAUUACAUCACAACGCCACUAGCACAUCAUUGCGUCGUCACGACCCGUUGAAUACAUCGCUCACGUCAUAUAACGGCUUACAUACGCUAUUGAGUUCCAACACUCUUGCAGCACCGCUGCAACAAUAUCAACAACAACAACAGCACCAUCAUCAUCAAAAGCCGAGUAAAAGCUGUGGCAGUCCGAGCAGCGUCGGCAAACCAACAAACGAGGCGGAAAACACCGCAACCGCCUUAGUUGCAAAUACAAACAACACAAUUGCCGGCGGAAGUUUCACCACCAACGGCGGCUCAGCGGCCGUUGGUGUAAGCACCGCAACCGCAACCACAGAUACCGCAAACAACAGUCAAACAAAUACAUCUACAAAUUCAGCAUCAAAAAAGCGUCUCGAACAUAACGCCUCAACACGCUCCGUUCAAUCCGAGGACAGUUGGUGUUCAGAACAAUCGAUAGAUCAAGAACCCAACGCCAAUAGCGCACUAACAGCUUCUGACGAAGAAGCAGCUACGGAGGACGAACGGGAACGCAGCAGCGUGACGUCGUUGAGCGCAACCAAUCAACGCAAUUCACAAUUGCGUUCCACACUCAACAAGGCCAAGCAGCAUCUGUCUUUUGACAAAUGGCGCACGAGUUCCUCGAACAGUGGAAACGCUGCCAACAACACAUCCACGAAUUGCGCAACCAACUCGUCGGCGGGCAGCAACGGCGCCGCUGAUAGCAGUGGCAGUAGCACGCAAACACGUCGUGCUAGCGCCUGCACCAUGCCCACAGCACAUCAAAGCGCACGCGAGGACCUCACCACACCUGGUGAAACGCCAGGUGGCCGAUUGUCGCGCUGGUUCUCUAUACGACGCGGUUCAUCGCAUCAGUACGAUGUGGGUGGACGAGAUGGUCGCCAGUCGGCGGCCUCCAGCAUUGAUAUACCGGAUGCGGCAGCGCUGUCAGCUUGCGGCGAUUCUGCGCAUGCAUCACCACAAAAGCUGAGCGCCAACAAAAUGCCUGGCGUACCAGAGAAUGACGACGAAGAGGCCGCUUUAACGGCAUCACGUUUCGAUUUAGAUCUAAUGUUGCCGCCGGGCAGUCGCGCCAAUGGCACAGGGAAUAAUGCGCAUACCCGCCUCAUCACACCUAUGCUACCACCUGCACCGCCAGGCCUAUCGCAGCAGCAACUGAAAAGGCGCCACAUCGUGGCUGCAAUUGUGCACAGCGAAAAUUCGUACGUGGCCACUUUGCAACGUCUAGUCAAUGAUUAUAAGAAACCUCUCGAAGAGAGCAACCCACCUGUGUUGAGCGCCUCCAAAAUAGCCACACUCUUUCACCGCCUACCUGAGAUUCUACAAUCGCACAAACUAUUCCGCAUCUCACUAGCCGAAUGUGUACGAAAUUGGGAUCGUGACGAACGCUUGGGCGAUUGUUUCGUGAAUGCCUUCAGCAAGCCGCGCAUACUCGAAAUCUACUCAGGCUUUAUAAAUAAUUUCUCAGCAGCCAUGGAACUCGCCAAAAUGGAGGAGAAACGUAAAUCUGCACUUGCUGACUUCUUCAAAGUGAAACAAAUCAGCGCUCAUGAUCGUCUCUCGUUUUUCGGUUUGAUGGUGAAACCAGUGCAACGUUUCCCACAAUUCAUACUCUUCCUACAGGAUAUACUCAAGUAUACGCCACAAGGGCAUCACGAUCGUAUGUCAUUGCAAUUGGCAUUAACCCAACUGGAAUUGCUCGCCGAAAUGUUGAACGAACGCAAACGUGAAGCGGAACAAUAUCAGGGAUUUAAGGAGAUGUUGGGUCACAUCACCGGCACCUUCAAUGCACGCGCACUCACCUCAACGGAUGGCAAUCGACAACGUUACCUAUUACGCGAAGAUAAUGUCACACAUGUGGAGUUCAAUCAAGCUGGACUUAUUGUGAAAUCGAAACAGCGUCGUUUAUUGUUGCUCAACGAUAAGGUCAUUUGUGUUUCGGUCGCACCGAAGCAAUCUCAUGAUUUUGGCGCUACGGAAAAGCUGAGUUUCAAGUGGAUGUAUCCAGUGGCCGAUGUGGAAAUUGUGGAUAAUAGUACUUCCGCGACGCUGUCGAGAAUUUUAACCGCUGGUCUCAAUCGCGGCGGAAGUCUCAAAUCCAACAGCAGCUCCUGCAACAACAGUCACUCAAAUACUCUACCAAUCAAUUCUGCCUACUCACAUGGUGGUCACUCUCUCGACAGCUCACCAGCUGCACAACUCACGAAUGGCGCCGAUAAUCUCUGCUCUGAGAUGAGCACUCUAAUGUACGACUAUGAAGUAAUCUCACGCAUACACGAUCUCGUUAGCACACUGAAAGGCACAUAUAAAGAGCUCAACACGAAUACCACCCGAAAUGUGCUGAACACCAUACAAGCCUCCAUUCAACGCAAAGAUGAGGAAAUGGCUUGGGUGGACUCAUGUUGCCUACAAUUGAUAGCGCGCAACAAGUCUGGCAAAGAGGAGACCUACACAUUCCAAACACAGACGCCGAAUGUGAAAAAGGAAUGGAUAACAGAGCUACGUUUGGCACAAUUGGCAUUAGAUCCGAAUAAUUCGCCCGCCUGGGAAACGUCAACCACAUCAGAGCCAACAUCAUUUGGCCACAACUACGAACAACAGCAACAGGUAAUGCAACGGCAAUCAACCAAAAUGCCACUCUUCGUCAAGGCGAUACCAGUCUACAAAUCACAGCAUCAAACUGAGGUGCGCUGUGGAUGUUACUAUACGAUCGCCAAUGACUUGAAGCUUAGCGGCAACGCACGCCGGCGUCACAAACAGCAGAAUUACCUGUGGGUAUGCACCAGCGAUGGUACGUCCUCUCACAUAGCAGUGCUGUCGCAGCAUCACCAACAAGCCGGCAAUCUGCGUGAUGUUGGCUCUUUCGACUUGGUCGAGACUCAGGUGAACGCCAUGGAAUUUGUUAAGGGAUUGGAUAGCGGGAAGAAACGCGAGGAGCAUAGCAAUCUGCUUGGCGAUCUAGUGUGGAUGGGCACAGAUAGCCGUAAGAUAUUAAUUUACUCAGCACAAAACCCCGAGCAGGAGGAGCAGCUAGGCUGCAGCACCGUACCUGGCGCCGUCACUCGAAUACUCUAUCACUUCGAUGUCGUUUACGUUGCGCUCUCCAAUGCCAUAAUGCUCAUCUAUCGUCGAUCCUACGAUGGCGUGUGGAUGCUGAAGGAUCCGCAGGUGGUGCAGUUAGGCGAAUCAGGUCUGCCAGUGCCAAGUCUAUUGCCAAUCAACAUGAAUAUUUACGCAUCAUGCGCGAAUCGUGUCUAUGUACUCAAUGCGCUAAAUGGUGAGAUACAGAAGAGUUUUGAAGUGCAACACGGCGCCAACCAACAGGUCAAUUUGAUGGCGCAUUCCGGUAUUGGACUUUGGAUUUCCCUAAAGAAUUCGACUGUUUUAUGUUUGUAUCACACGGAGACCUUCAAGCAUUUGCAGGAUAUCAACAUUGCUUCGAGUGUGCUACGCAGUGAUGGCAAGAAGGAGCACGCCGUCAACAAUAGCUCCAUCUAUGUGACCGCGCUCAUGGCCUGUAAAGGCUUACUAUGGGUGGGCACAAAUGUGGGCAUUGCAGUGACCAUACCGCUGCCGCGUCUAGAAGGUGUGCCAAUCAUCAGUGGUGGCAUCAAUAUGUCGUGCCACGCACACUUUGGACCGAUCACCUUCUUACUUCCGCUGAUACCACGUGUCUAUCCAAGUCACAAACAACCACCGACCCAAACGCUGCCUGUCGCCUUUUGUGCGGAGCCCACUGUUACGGUGCCUAGCAUGGGUGACGAUCUCCAAUUGCCCGCAAUAGAUGCCGAUCCCAAGAAGCUUACCGAAUCCGAUCUCGACGAGUCGACAGUAAUACUACGCCGUGACCUACCAAAGGAUGAGCCACUCUCGGGCACCGCUUCGCCGUCAGCUUCGAUGUUGCGCGAGCUCAGUGUGGAUGGCGACUCAAAUGCGUCUUCGCCACGUUGCUCCAAAUUGGACAAACAAAAUUCGUUUGAUCAAUCGUUGUCGAAAAUACGAGUUUCACUGGUAAACUCACCCGCUUUCCACCGCAAACGUUUCCGCGACCUUUCCUCCGACUCGGCACGCAUGGCCAAAACGCUGCCACGCGGUUUCAACACGAGCAUGCACUCCAAUACCAGCACACUCAAUCACGGCGAGCAUGGCUGUUGCGACGUUUACGGACUUUAUGGUAAACUGAUUUUCGUGAAAGAGGACUACGAUGCCGAGGAGGGCACACAGGGUAAUCUCAUGGAUAUGAUGUACGAGGGCAUGCGCCGCUCCGAUCCCGAACUGGCCGCCAUACCGGGCAAGGUGAGCACGCUCGAUCGCCGCCUACGCAUGAAGGCGUCACGACCACGUUCACUCGACCUCUCCAACUGGUCGGUGGACUCAAAAUCUUCCAGUCUGUACACUUCCUCGGGCAGCGAAGAAAGCAUGGGCAUACGUCUCUUCGGCGGACGUUCAGUAUCACGCAACAGCAGCAGCGCUAGUCACAAAACCUCAGGCAAUGGCAGUGAUUUGGGUAACAUAUCCGAGAACGGACUGAUGACCACCGCCGAAAUACACCAACAUCACAGCACUCCCAAAUCGGAGGAUGGCCUCAAAUUGUUAGAAAUCAAACAAGCAAAGAACACUGGCACAAACGCCGCCGGCGCAUGCACACCACCACCUGCCGCCGCUGUAGCGACGCUCAAGCGCAAACAAAAGCAAACAAACAAACAACAACAACAGCAAAAUGCUGACGGACCACGCACAAUAAUCACGCUCAUGGGUGGACGCGGCUACUGGCGACACGUCUGGUACAAUAACGCGCACUCACCGAGCAGCGGUGGCAGCAAAUCGGCCACGCUUAGCAGCGGUGCCUCAACACCGCUAAUAGCGAACUCCAACGAUGCGCACAUCGUGGUGUGGGAGAAAAAGUUAUAAUCGCAGGAGUUCGAGUGGCGCCCGUUGCAACGCAUCGAGCGUCGCGGUCGUGUGCGUUUCCGAGGCAGUUACAUGUCGCGUGAGCGUUGCAAUGGACACACGUCCACCAGCGGGCUGGGCGUGCUCAGUGCAAGCACACUCAGUGUGCGUGGUAAGGAGAGUGGCUUUUCGGCGAGUAGCAGUGGCAUGGGGUUCAAGCGAUUCGCGAAAUUAAAACGAGGUGGCAGUCUGAAGGAGUUUUAAAUGGGUCAAAAUCCAGGUAUAACGAUUGUAGUUAGUUGUAGGAUUAAAUGAACUUUUUUAUGAACUAUAAUGAAAUUUUCACAUACAUACAAACAUAUGUAAUUUGUAUAAGUACCAAAAUUAUAAUGAGAUUUAAGCUGAACUGAAAUUGAAUUAUAUUGAAUUUGAUGUUUACUUGUUGUUGUUACAUACAAAUCACAAAAAAAAAAUUUAAAAAAAAAUCUGCACAACUAAAUUAUACAAAAAAAUGGAAACUGUAAUAGCAUACGAUUGAACACACGCAUACACACAUACACAGAUUCAUAUGUACAUAACAGCAUACGUAGCAUAAGAAGAAAGUACUGAAUCAAGAAAAACUGCUGAAUACAUUUUUUGAAGCGAUUCUACGCGUAUUUUAUAUGAAAAAUACAAUGAAUAUUAUGAAAAAAAAAAUCAUUUAUAAUGAGCUGUAUGUGGAUAAAUCAAAAGUAUAUUUAUUGCUGAAGCACGCGUUUCUGCGAGACAACUGAGAUUUUUGCCUGCUUUGAUUACUAGCAAAACAAUUUGGCUUUCAUCAACAUUCGCCGUUCAUUUUAUACACUUUUGCGCACUCUUAGUUAGAAAAAAAUGUAUAUGUUAAAAUUUUGUUAAAUUUUAUUUCGCUAAUCGCCUUUUUUCAGGUAGGAAAUAAUUAAAUUAAAAUUUUUUAUUAAGUCUUUAGUGUUGUAGACACUUUCAACGGGGCUGCAAGAUUUUUUAAAAUAUUUUUAAGCCUAUUUUGAGACUAUACAAACGCAAAAUGCCGAAAUACUCGCCAAAUCUUCAAUUCUCACCGCCUGCGCAUUAGAGAAGGCCUUUCAUUUUAAACACUUUUGGGCACUAUUAGUUGAAAAAUAAUAUUUUAAAGUUUUUUUUUAAUUUAAUAUUGCUAAUCGCCUUUUUUCAAGAUAGAAAAUAAAUUUGCGUUUUGGAAUAAACAUUUUUUAUUAAAGCUUUUGACACUUUUAGUCACUUUCAUUUGAAAAAAAAAAUUUUUAAGUUUUCUGAAAUUUAAUUUUAUUAAACACUUUUGGGCACUUUCAGCUGAAAAAUAAUAAUAUAUUAAAAUCUUUUGAAAUUAAAUUUGGCUAAUCACCUUUUUCUCGGUAGAAAAUAGUUUUUUGCUUUCAAAUUUAAUUUUUUUUAUUAAAUCUUAAGUCCUCUGAAUACCAUCAAAUGGGCUUCAAAUUUUCUUAAAAUAUUUUUAUCCCUGUUAGUGUGCUCUCUUAUACGUCUUUUCGGUUUUCAUUGCUCUCACUUCUAAUUUACAUUUCAUUUAAUUGCGCUGCGUGACGCUGCGAAAUAUACACGAAAAUUGCUGUCAAUUAGACUUCAAACAAAAAUCCAGAUAUUUUAAAUAAAUUCAAUUAAAAAUUUCUUCAGCCCUUAGGGGGAGCUUGACCAAACACCUAAAAGAAGUGUACGCGCCAAUUAUUUAUUACUUUUUUUUGUAUAGAAAUUUCACUAAAACAGAGAAACAAGAAAAGUUGAAGCCGCCAAAUUGUCUAAAUCUUAUUGAAUCUGUCUAUAAAUUUGUUUCAGUGUUUACAAGUCAUGUAUUAGCAACUUUUUUGAGUUUCUUUGAAUUAAAAGUAAAGCUGUAAUUUUCAAAUGUUUGUUUCAAAUCUUUAUAAAAGCGAGGCAGCUCUGUUUUUUGCACUUUGUUCGAAUACCAAUAUUUUUUUAUCAAAUAGUUAGAAUGUUGCAUGAAGCUAUAUUUUAUUUUAUAUGAAAUGAUGGAAUGUACAAUCAAUAUAAAUAUAUGUACAUACUUAUAUAUAUUUUUAAAUUUUUUUCUGUUUUUUUUCUUUUAUUAAAAUUUUGCUUCUAUCAUUCUUUAUUAUUGUAAUUUAAUUAAUUUAGCUCUUUCGCUGUCAAACAGCUUUCACAUUUCAAUUUAAUUUUUUUUUUUUGCUUUCGUUUUUUUAGUUUUUUCUCAGGCAACUUAUUUCAUUUGUUUCGCAAAAACGCACACACCAAAAAUAAAAUGUUUGCUAAUUUGUAUGAAAAAAAUGUAUUUGAUUAAAAACAUGAGAUUUAAAAUAAACUUUUUGAUUAUUUUGAAAA